CCUAAAAUGUUUUAUCAAAUGACUUAAUUUUGCUAUUUUUUAGACAUUUUUACUGUAUUUUUUAUAAAUUACGAAACUAAAUCCCGAUUGUGUCUAGACGCGUCUAAUUUCUUUGUUGAGUUUUUAUAAUCAGCGGCAAUUUUUAAUGAUGACUAUCCGUUAACCGUAACAUGGAAAUCGACCCGAACAACACUCAAACGGCGGGUCGCGAGACGGGUCGAUGCAUGUCGGUGGCGGCAAUGCAGGCGCUACACCGACUGCGCGAGUGUCGGCUACUGUGCGAUGCCAUCGUGAGAGCUGAUGAUGGCGCAGCCUUUCCCGUGCAUCGCGCUAUACUCUCGGCCUGCAGUCCUUACUUCCUGGCUUUGUUUACGACUACUUUGCAUUCCCGAGAACAAAGUGACGUUCUGAUAUCCGGCGUUCGAUCUGAAAUUCUAUUGCUGCUAAUCGAAUAUGCGUAUCUCCGCCGCAUUGAUGUCACCGAUACCAAUGUCCAUGAACUGCUUAUGACUGCUGACUACUUGGCUUUCCUUGGCGUCCUUCAACUUUGCUGUGACCAUCUCAGAGUCUCCCUUAGUCCAAAAAACUGCCUCGGAAUCAUGAUGUUUGCCAGACGAGUGUUUUGCUACAAACUGGAAGGUGAUGCAAGACGAUAUCUUCUCCGCUAUUUCGUAACAGUUGCCACACAGAGUGAUGAGUUUCUUCACUUAGGGCUUGAGGAGCUCAACAGCAUUAUUUUAGAGGAUGAAUUGAAUGUAAAAAGUGAAGAGGCAGUAUGGGAAUCAGUUUUACGCUGGGUAAAUUAUGAUCCGGAUGCUAGAUGGCAGCACACAGUUAAACUAAUGGGCAGUAUUCGACUUGGAUUACUUGAUACGCAGUUCUUUUUGGAAAACGUAAAGGACCAUCCAUACGUAACGGGAAAUGAAAAUUCGCGUCCUAUAAUUAUUGAGACACUCAAAUUUCUGUAUGAUUUGGAGAUGAUCGCACAACGUGAUGGGGAAGUUGCAACUCCAGAGAUUGCACGUCCAAGAGUUCCACAUGAGGUUCUGUUUGCAAUCGGUGGGUGGAGUGGUGGGUCUCCUACAGCAUUUAUUGAGACCUAUGACACGAGAGCUGAUCGCUGGAUAAAGGUGGAAGAAGUGGACCCUGCAGGACCUCGCGCAUAUCAUGGAACAGCAGUGCUCGGUUUUUGUAUUUACGUGAUUGGAGGCUUUGACGGAAUGGAUUAUUUUAACUCGUGUCGUUGCUUCGACGCUGUUACGAAAUCAUGGCGUGAGGUUGCGCCAAUGAAUGCGCGUCGAUGCUACGUUUCCGUAGCGGUUAUUGGUGAGACCAUCUACGCUAUGGGUGGCUACGACGGCCAUCAUCGGCAAAAUACCGCAGAGAAAUUUAACCACAGAACCAACCAGUGGUCCUUGGUGGCACCCAUGAAUGCGCAAAGAUCAGAUGCAAGCGCCGCUUCUUUAGAUAAUAAAAUUUACAUUACUGGUGGAUUCAACGGGCAGGAAUGUAUGAAUAGUGUAGAAGUAUAUGAUCCAGACACGAAUCAGUGGACUAAUUUAGCUCCGAUGAGGUCAAGAAGAUCCGGAGUCUCCUGCAUUGCGUACCAUACCAAGAUUUACGUCAUAGGCGGUUUCAACGGCAUUUCGCGUAUGUGUAGUGGGGAAGUAUACGAUCCGGCCACGAACGCAUGGUCACCUGUCCCUGAUAUGUACAACCCAAGGAGCAACUUUGCAAUAGAAGUAAUCGAUGAUAUGAUUUUUGCUAUCGGAGGUUUCAACGGUGUCACAACGAUUUAUCAUGUUGAGUGUUAUGAUGAGAAAACUAAUGAGUGGUACGAGGCAACUGACAUGAACAUCUAUCGUUCAGCAUUAUCUGCGUGCGUUAUCAUGGGCCUACCCAACGUAUACGACUAUAUACACAAACAUCGCGAGCGUUUAAUGGAAGAGAAACGACAGAAGAUUCUCCUUUCGGAGACCGCAAGGCAUCCACAGCAUCGUACUGCUUUACCAGAUGUUCACCUAAUGGAAGACAACGAAGACAUGCUAGAGCAGCUUGGGCUUAUGGAUAACCACAACAAUAUAGAUAUACCCGCACCGCCCCCACCACCCCCACCCCCCCAACAUCCCAUUCAGCCGAUGGAGCAGGACCGGAACUGAACCGGUACCAAAAGCUGAUAGUAUCAAUAGCCAGAACAUCUAGUCAGUAUUAAUAAUAUUGAGUUAUCGUUAUUCAAAUUAAUGCCUAAAGUUCAACCUGAAAAUUGUUUCGUAGCCGUAUUAUUUUUAAAAUAUUUACAAUUAUUUUAGUAAUUUGCAAUAUUUUAAUAUGUGAUUGAUUUAAUUUCCUAAUGUGAAUCAUACCUGUUUUUUUGGAAUAGUUUUUGAAAUUGUAUAAAUUUUUUAG